AAAGAAGUAAAAUAUAAUUUGUGAUAAUAGUUUUAUAAAUUGAGUGGACUUUUGAUUAGUUAGCUCAUAAUCAACCAAUUUGUCCCAGGAAAUGAACAUAAAAUGUUUCACUCCACAUAUAUAUCCAGAAAAUCAUGGACAAUAAGCAGACAUAAUUAUAUAACCUGUAUCAAAAUUAUUAUUUAGUAUAUUUCAAUAGUCCUGAUAUUUUUUGUGGAAAAAAAAUAAUCAGCUUUCUGAGUGAGCAUCAGUGAUGGAUAUUAACUUGAAAAAAUGUUCGAAUGCCUCAAAACCACAAAGUCGCAAGGUUGAAAAAGAAAGUGAGCUUAUAGGGUCACUAUCGAAGCAGCUGUAUUUAGCUGGGAAUCAAAUCCAGAGGCAGCAAGAAGUACUCAAGAAAGUCGAAAAUCGAUUGAAAUCCAAGGAUCAGGAAAUAAAUCGUCUUAAACGAAAGAUAAAAGAAUGGGAGGUGAAAGAAAAAAAUCAAGAAACAAUUUUAAAGAAAGAAACUCAACAACAACAGAUGAAAAACGAAAAGACUGAUCAUGUUUAUAGAAGAUGUUUACAACUUGAACAGAAACUUUUGGAAAUGGAGAAAUUUCUAGCUGAUUAUGGGCUGAUAUGGAUUGGUGAAAAGAAUCGAACCAAAAAUAAUUAUGAAGAAUACUUAAAUCAGCACAUAGAUAACCAUUUCGAUAAGCUUGUGACUAAUAUUGAGGAGUUAAACUCAUCGAUAGGAAAAGGGGAGAUGUAUGUUUGUCAUAAUGCAAGAGGUGCUUCAUUCAAGACAUUGCCAUGUAUAGUCAUUAAGUUUUAUAAAAACGGAAUGAUUGUGCAAAAUGGUCGACUACGUCCUUAUAAUGAUCCAGCAUCAAAAGCAUUUAUUAAAGAUAUUUUAGAUGGAUAUUUUCCAUCUGAACUUCAACAUCAGUACCCUAAUGGUGUUUCUUUUAAGAUUGAAGAUUUUAGGAAAAAAAUACGUUUGGAUGAAGGAACUAAAUAUCCUGGGCAUGGUUAUCAGCUUGGAAAAUUAUCCUCUAAUGAUCGUAUUUCCCCCGUAGAAUACUCUACUAAAGCUAAGAGAACAUCUGUGCCAAUUAAGCCUUCAUUUGAUCAUAAAUCAUAUAGUUCAUGCAUGAAACGUUUAGAUAGUUCUCCUCCUUGUGAUAGAAAAAAUUCUUUGUCCACUGUCAAUAAAUGUCUCUUAGCAGUAUCAUCAAACGUAAGUCCCUUUGAUUUGGAGCCGCAAGAUUUAAGGUCUCAAAUUCUUGCAUCCCACAAUCAUAACUGUUCUGAUACCCAUCUCCAAUCUCACUUGAAUGCUGAAAGGGCUUUGAGUGCAAGAACUGAGAAAAUUACGUCAGCUGCAAAACAUGUUAAAUAUCAAUCUUCAUCAAGAGAAGGAAUUUUUAAUUACCAAGACGACGUAUUAAAAUCAGAAUCAGUAAAUAUAAAUCGUUACAAUCGAUCUGCAUUAAAUCGAUCGUCCUUGGAUGUGUCUUACAGCCAUGGAAAUAAUACUGAUAGACGACCUAAAUCAGUGAGUUCAGCAAAAAGCUGUUUUUAUCCGAAGCAGCUACCAACAAUUGUACCAUCAGUUGAUAGUGAUUUCACAUCAGCAAGAAGUUGCAAACAUUCCAGGAAUAAUAAACUGAGAGCAUCUAAAUCAGCAACUCUAGACAAACAGAAUAAUGAAAUACCGAUAGUUCAGAAAGUUAAUGAACCUACUGGAGAAUCUGGUGAGCUCCGUUUGAAAAUCAGGUCUAUGUCUGGUAGUGUGGUGUACCUUGUUUACAUUUCUACUGAUGAUACCGUAGAUCGUCUAUAUCAGUUGUUAAAUACAGUCCUCAUGCGAAAACGACCACGUGUUGGAGCGUAUAAAAUUGUGAUUAAUGGAUUUGUCUCAAGGAGAUUAGAUGUUAUGGAAGUUCCUCUAAAAGAUUAUGGGAUUAACAGAGACAGUGUACUUCAUCUCGUCAAUGAUUAAUUAUUCAUGUACUGUUCUCACUUUUCAAAAGCUGGACUCUUCUAUAAUCAAAUACCAUGAAUUUUUUUAUGCAUGUGGUCAUGAAGUAUCUGAUAAAUGAACGAUUAAUGAAGAUGAAUGGAUUUUUUAUUUUUUUAAUUCAAUAAACAAUUGGGUAGUAUUUAUUUUAUAUUAAGCUUGUCAUUUAUUCGUUCAUGUGUAGACAAAGUAGCUCUACCAGCUAUUAUCAUUACGAGUUGUAUCUCGUGGCAUGUGUCAACCACACAGAAUUGGUUUGUUGAUGAGAGUUUCAAUGUCAAUCAAUAUGUAAAUUUGUUGUAUAUUGCACAAUGUUUUUGGUAUACAUGUUAACAGUAUGGAAUAUACGAAUUCACAGUUUUAUGGCUGUAGAUUUUUUUAUUUGCAAUCGUGCAAAUUUCCG